AGCAGCAAGUGCUCUCUGCAAAGAGGCUGUUGCUCUCCCUUGGAGGGAAUAGACAUUCUUGCCGGUAUUCAGUGAAGAAAGCCAAGUCUGGAUGUGCAGUUCUCUUACUGGUCUGGAAGAUGUUUUUCUCAUUUCUAAACAGCUAUGCUAGAUACCUACAAACUGAGAAGUGCCUGCAGUUUGCCAUUUGUUUUUGAUAAGAAGAUCAAUACUGUUGGAACCAGUAAUGCAGAUGUCCCUUUGGCUGAUCCCGGAAUGUACCAAUUGGAUAUUACAUUAAGAAGGGGUCAAAGUUUAGCUGCCCGAGAUCGAGGAGGAACAAGUGAUCCAUACGUGAAAUUUAAAAUUGGAAGAAAAGAAGUUUUUAGAAGUAAAAUAAUACAUAAGAACCUCAAUCCUGUAUGGGAAGAAAAAGCUUGCAUUCUUGUUGAUCAUCUUAGGGAGCCCUUGUAUAUAAAGGUGUUUGACUAUGAUUUUGGCCUGCAAGAUGACUUUAUGGGCUCAGCCUUUCUAGAUCUCACUCAACUGGAGUUAAACAGGUCCACAGAUGUGACCCUGCCUCUGAAAGAUCCCCAUUAUCCUGACCAUGAUCUUGGAGUCAUCUUGCUUUCUGUCAUACUUAGCCCUAAAGAAGGAGAACCUAGGGAUGUGACAAUGCUAAUGAGGAAGAGUUGGAAAAGAUCAAGUAAGGACCUCUCAGAAAAUGAAGUGGUUGGAUCUUAUUUCUCUGUGAAGUCUUUCUUUUGGAGGUUUCAGACCCAAAGUUUACGUCUGUCAGACCAACACAGAAAAUCUCAUCUGUGGAGAGGAAUAGUCAGUAUUACCUUGAUCGAGGGCCGAGACCUUAAAGCAAUGGACUCUAAUGGACUGAGUGAUCCCUAUGUGAAGUUCCGACUGGGACAUCAGAAGUACAAGAGCAAGAUUAUGCCAAAAACGUUGAAUCCUCAAUGGAGGGAACAGUUUGAUUUUCAUCUCUAUGAAGAAAGAGGAGGAAUCAUUGAUAUUACUGCAUGGGACAAAGAUGCAGGGAAAAGAGAUGAUUUUAUUGGAAGGUGCCAGGUCGACCUGUCAUCCCUCAGUAGGGAACAGACGCACAAGCUGGAGCUGCAGCUGGAAGAGGGUGAGGGACACCUGGUGUUGCUCGUCACGCUGACAGCCUCUGCCACAGUCAGUAUCUCUGACCUCUCGGUCAACUCUCUGGAGGACCAGAAAGAACGGGAGGAGAUAUUAAAGAGAUAUAGCCCAUUACGGAUAUUUCACAACCUAAAAGAUGUGGGAUUUCUUCAGGUGAAAGUCAUUAGAGCAGAAGGCUUGAUGGCAGCUGACAUGACAGGUAAAAGUGACCCAUUUUGUGUAGUAGAAUUGAACAACGAUAGACUGUUAACACACACUGUCUACAAAAAUCUCAGUCCUGAAUGGAACAAAGUCUUCACAUUCAACAUAAAAGAUAUCCAUUCAGUUCUUGAAGUGACAGUUUAUGAUGAAGAUCGGGAUCGAAGUGCUGACUUUCUGGGCAAAGUUGCCAUACCAUUGCUGUCUAUUCAAAAUGGUGAACAGAAAGCCUACGUCUUGAAAAACAAGCAGCUGACAGGGCCAACAAAGGGGGUCAUCUAUCUUGAAAUAGAUGUGAUUUUUAAUGCUGUGAAAGCCAGCUUACGAACAUUAAUACCCAAAGAACAGAAGUACAUUGAAGAGGAAAACAGACUCUCUAAACAGUUGCUACUAAGAAACUUUAUCCGGAUGAAACGCUGUGUCAUGGUGCUCAUAAAUGCUGCGUACUACAUUAAUAGUUGCUUUGAUUGGGAUUCACCUCCAAGGAGCCUUGCUGCUUUUGUGCUCUUUCUCUUUGUUGUCUGGAACUUUGAGCUCUACAUGAUACCACUGGUUUUGUUGUUACUAUUGACAUGGAACUACUUCUUGAUAAUAUCAGGGAAAGAUAACAGGCAACGUGAUACAGUAGUGGAGGACAUGUUAGAGGACGAGGAAGAAGAAGAUGACAAAGAUGACAAGGACAGUGAAAAAAAGGGAUUUAUAAAUAAAAUCUAUGCCAUCCAAGAGGUAUGUGUUAGUGUCCAGAACAUCCUAGAUGAAGUGGCUUCCUUUGGCGAAAGGAUAAAAAAUACUUUCAACUGGACUGUCCCAUUCUUAAGUUGGCUGGCCAUUGUAGCCCUCUGUAUGUUCACAGUCAUCCUGUACUUCAUCCCACUGAGAUACAUUGUCCUUGUCUGGGGCAUCAAUAAAUUUACAAAAAAGCUUCGGAGCCCAUAUGCAAUUGAUAACAAUGAACUACUUGACUUCCUUUCCAGAGUUCCUUCAGAUGUACAAGUGGUGCAAUACCAAGAGCUGAAACCAGAUCCUUCUCAUAGCCCAUAUAAAAGGAAGAAAAACAAUCUUGGCUAGCCAGCUCACAGAACUGAGGAGACCAGCAUCUGUUUGGGAAGAUAAAAGAAAAAGCUUUCAGCCUCAGCAGAAUUUCCUUUCUGCUUCGUAUUUAUUUUGCCUUUUUAUCAUGAUUGAAAAUUUAUAAAUAGUGUAUAAAGGCGUAUGUUUUUGAAAAUAUACUUCCAUUGUACGGAAUUGAUAAAGGUAUUGCUAGUAGUCUUUGAAAGCCUUGUUAGCUAUGGGUAAUUAAUAUGUCAGAGAAAACUGUAAGGGUGAUAACACUGGAAGAUACACAUUAUUGUGUUCUGAUUAAAUCUACAUAAAAUAGUUUGAUUUUAGAAUUUUUUUUAAAUGUCACUAUUUUUUAUCUGAAAAUCCAUUACCAUUUUCUAUGUUUUAUAUUCAAAAAGGGGAAAUCCCAAAGCUGUAAUCAUAGAUACAAUUCGAAUUAACUUAGAUCCUGACUUUCACUCCUGUGCAAAUUACUAACAUAUGAUUAGGUUGGUUUUAAGCUAAUAAAUUCAGGUAUAUUUACCCUCAAGACAAUCUUAGAUCCUGUAAAGCAAACUUAAUAAACUUAAUGAGCCUUCUAUCAUUCCAUCUAAAACCUUAAAAUCUCUCCAGAACUAUGUAACGUAAAUACUGCCAGGUUUAUAAGUGAUUGCCUAUCUAAAGUUUUAUAUUUACCACUGCUUUAAUUUAUACCGAGUUAGUCACCAACCAAUUCAGUUGUUAUACAUAGUAGCAAAUGAAACUCAUACUGCUUUUGGUAAAUUAUACUUUUGUGCAUCUAAAUGUUCAAUCUCAAAUGUUCAAUGAAAAAAAGUAUCUGCUGUCUUAUUAGGUUACUAAAAUGCUUUAAUGCAUACUUCGAUUUUUGUGUUUUUUUUUGUGUAAAAAGAAUGCAGUGUGCUAUGACAACAUUUCAUUACAUUCAUUUAAGAAAAAAGGCCAUCAUUCUUGAUAAUAUGAAUGCAUGAAAUAUUGUUUUGUAAGAUAAACUGCUUAUGUGGGGUUAUGUUAAAAACAUUUCAGUACUUACCACAGAAUCUAUACUUAAAACACUGCAAUCCCAAGACUUAUCAUAGCUUUUAUACUUAACUAACUCCCUGAUGUAUUAAGGAACAUAACCUCUGGAGGAAGAAAUAAUUCGAUGUGUAACAAUGUCUUACUUCACUGACUUGCUCGGGGAUUAAUCUCAGUUGAGAUUGCUGCAGAUAAUGUUUUGCACUACUUUAUUAAUAAAGAGGUCAGGGUAAUGAUGGAAAACAGAAAAGUAGAAAGCAAGAAAUAUAUUUCAAUCUAAGAAGAUUCUUUAAAUCUCAUCGAAGCUGAUUUUUAAAGUAUUUUUAUUUUAGAGAUAUGUUGUUAAAUAGUAUUUCUUAAAAUAGAACUAUUUUGAUCUAUUUAUACUAUGCUGGAAAGAAUGUCAAUUAAAUUCCCUUUCUACAGAUAGAGCAUAUUGAGGUCAAAAACAAUUAUUUAGUGCAUCAUGUUUAAAAAUGUCAUGCUUACAUCUGCAUAUUAUCACUGUUUGUUGCAAAAACAUACUACUAUUUUAUGCAGCUGUUACUAAAGUUUACUGAGACAAUGUGUUUUGGAUUAACCUUUGAUUAUAUCUUGUGUGAGAUUUGUGUUGACAAUGUCUACUCAGAUAUUAUAAGGCUGAUAUUCUACAACCUCAGAUGUGAAUAGUAACCAUUAACAGUCAACUAAUUUGUUUCCUUGUAUUGGAUUUCAGAUGUUUAGUUCAAUGGAAAUGUUGUGUACACAUUCACUGCAUUAAAUACAAAAGAAAAA